CCAUUUUCUUCUCUCUCGUCUGCGAAGUUCGCACAAAGGUAGUAACGCUAAAAAACAAGGAGGGUCCGAAGCUCCAACCGCUGGCUCUCUCGGAUCAUUUAUUUCGGAUCCCGUUGGAUCCGAAUCGUAUCCUCGCCGCAGGCAUCCGUUCCGAGUUUCCUAUCCUAACCCAACCACAUCAUCCAGCCUGAUCCGAUUCAAGUCGCUAUGACUCGAAAGUGUUCUCAUUGCAGCCACAAUGGGCACAACUCCCGGACGUGCCCGAACCGCGGGGUCAAGCUGUUCGGGGUGCGGUUGACCGACGGGUCUAUCCGGAAGAGCGCCAGCAUGGGAAAUCUGAGUCACUAUGCCGGGUUGGGUUCGGGCAUCAACCAUGCAGGGUCAAACACUCCGGGAUCACCUUGCGAGACUCCGGACCACGAUGCCGCCGCGGACGGGUACGCCUCCGAGGACUUCGUGCCGGGCUCGUCCUCGAGCUGCCGCGAAAGAAAGAAAGGCAUUCCAUGGACUGAAGAGGAACAUAGGAUGUUUUUACUCGGACUGCAGAAGCUUGGCAAAGGCGAUUGGCGUGGAAUAUCUCGCAAUUAUGUUGUAUCAAGGACACCUACUCAGGUGGCCAGCCAUGCUCAAAAAUAUUUCAUCAGGCAAACAAAUGUAUCCAGGCGAAAGAGACGUUCCAGCCUGUUUGAUAUUAUAGCAGAUGAAUCAGUUGAAACUCAGAUGGUACCUCACGACUUCUUAUCUGCCAACCAAUCACAGGCUGAUGAAACACAGUGCAAUCCUCCAUUGCCUACCACUCCUGCUUUGGACGAAGAAUGUGAAUCAAUGGAGUCAAUCAACUCCACUGAUGGAGAUUCUGUUCCUCCUAAGCCAGAUAGCUCACAACCUUCCUACCCAGUGGUAUAUCCUGCUUAUUUCUCACCAAUCUUCCCAUUUUCCUUACCAUUUUGGUCGGGAUACACCACAGAGGAAACUAAGAAAGAGACACAUGAGGUUCUCAAGCCAACCGCAGUACAUUCAAAGAGCCCAAUCAAUGUAGACGAGCUUGUUGGCAUGUCGAAACUGAGCUUAGGAGAAUCUAUUGGUCCUGCUGGUUCAUCCUCUCUUUCACUGAAACUGGUCGAAGGGUCCUCUAGGCAGUCUGCUUUUCAUGCAAAUCCGGGCUCUGGCAGUUCAAGCAUUAAUUCAAGCAGCAGCCCUAUCCAUGCAGUUUGAUGAGCAGUAGCUUUUCUGAGUUCCAGAUUCUAAUGUUUGCUCAAUGCUGGGUUGGCUCCACAAGGUACUGUUAGUACAAGACUAAUAAUGUGUAGUUUGGUAUUUUUAGUUAUUUUUGCUCCUGGGAUCACCUUAAUAAGGUUGUUGUAUGUAUGCUAAUUAACUUACUUUUUUUGUUAGCUCUAAAAGAAUUUAGAAGAAUUAUCUCC